AUGCUUUCCUGCUGUGAGGGUGAAGACCCCCUUAUCGUGCCCGAGGUCCGCCAGGCUCCGGAGCCCGAGUCUGCACCACAGAGAGUUUCAGAGGUGCAGUUGGGGAGCCGGGAGGCCCUGUCACUGGGCAUGGAGACUGAGGUGCCCAAUAGCCUGCCCGGUGAUGACCAGGAUGAGUGCCUUCUCCUUCCGGGGGAGCUUUGUCAGCACCUCUGCAUCAACACUGUGGGCUCUUACCACUGUGCCUGCUUCCCCGGCUUUUCACUGCAAGAUGACGGCCGUACCUGCCGCCCAGACAAUGGCCCCCCAGCGGCUGCAGAGGAGUCUGCACUGAGGCCAGAACCUUCCCAAGUGGCCCCCAACACCAUCCUACUACCACGGCCACAACCCAACACCUGCAAAGACAAUGGGCCUUGCAAACAGGUGUGCAGCAUUAUUGGAGACACAGCCAUGUGCUCCUGCUUUCCCGGCUAUGCCAUCAUGGCAGAUGGUGUGUCCUGUGAAGACCGAGACGAGUGCCUGCUGGGUGCUCACGAUUGUAGCCGGCGACAGUUCUGUGUGAACACCCUGGGAUCCUUCUACUGUGUCAACCACACAGUGCUCUGUGCCCAGGGCUUUAUCCUCAACGUGCACAGGAAGUGCGUGGAUAUCAACGAGUGUGUGACAGACUUGCACACGUGCAGCCGGGGUGAGCACUGCGUGAACACAGUAGGCUCCUUCCGCUGCUACAAGGCUCUCACUUGCCAGCCGGGCUACACUCUCGAGGAAGGCGAGUGUGCAGAUGUGGAUGAGUGUGAGCUGGGCACACACAACUGCCAGGCAGGCUUCACGUGCCAGAACACCAAGGGCUCCUUCUACUGCCAGGCACGGCGCUGUAUGGAGGGCUUUCUCCAGGACCCAGAGGGCAACUGUGUGGACAUCAACGAGUGUACAUCACUGUCUGAACCAUGCCGCCCUGGCUUCAGUUGCAUUAACACAGUGGGCUCCUACACAUGCCAGCGGAACCCACUGCUCUGCAGACGUGGCUACCAUGCCAGCCAGGAUGGGACCGAAUGUGUGGAUGUGAAUGAGUGUGAGGCAGGCAUGCACCACUGCAGAGAGGGCCAGGUGUGCCACAACCUCCCUGGCUCCUACCGCUGCGACUGCAAAGCCGGCUUUCAGCAGGAUGCCUUUGGUCGGGCCUGUGUAGAUGUGAAUGAAUGCUGGACUUCCCCUGGCCGCCUAUGCCAGCACACAUGCGAGAACACACUUGGCUCUUACCGCUGUUCCUGCGCCUCCGGCUUCCAGCUGGCUGCUGAUGGCAAGCACUGCAAAGAUGUGAACGAGUGUGAGGCCCAGCGCUGCAGCCAGGAGUGUGCCAACAUCUAUGGCUCCUACCAGUGCUACUGUCGCCAAGGUUACCAGUUGGCCGAGGAUGGGCACACCUGCACAGACAUCGACGAGUGUGCUCAGGGUGCUGGCAUCCUUUGUGCCUUCCGCUGUAUCAACGUACCAGGGAGCUACCAGUGUGCAUGCCCAGAGAAGGGCUAUACCAUGAUGGCCAACGGCAGGUCGUGCAAGGACUUAGAUGAGUGUGCACUGGGCACCCACAACUGUUCUGAGGCCGAGACCUGCCACAACAUCGAGGGCAGCUUCCGCUGCCUGCUCUUCGAGUGUCCUCCUAACUACAUUCGAGUCUCUGAAACGAAAUGUGAGCGCACCACGUGCCAUGACUUUUUGGAGUGCCAGAGCUCGCCAGCUCACAUCACGUACUAUCAGCUCAACUUCCAAACUGGCCUCCUGGUACCGGCUCACAUCUUUCGCAUCAGCCCAAUGCCCGCCUUUGCAGGGGACACCAUUGCCCUCACCAUCACCAGAGGCAACGAGGAGGGCUACUUCGGCACACGCCGGCUCAAUGCCUACACAGGUGUUGUCUACCUGCAGCGAUCAGUGCGUGAGCCCCGGGACUUCGCCCUGGAUGUGGAGAUGAAGCUCUGGCGGCAGGGCUCUGUCACCACCUUCCUGGCCAAGAUGCAUGUCUUCUUUACCACUUUUGCCCUGUGA